AUGGAAACGCAAAGUGGUGAUGAGGUCAUUCAGGAACUUAUCCAAGGAACAAAGGUUAAGUGGAUUCCGUAUGGCGAGAUUAUCAAUACUGAACAUUUAGCCGAGGGUGGAUUUUCCAAGGUCUAUAAGGCUCAAUGGCUACAGGGGUACUGGAACAGCCUAGAAAUUCAACCAGCUCAGACAGUCGCUCUGAAAGAGUUGAAUGAUUCUCGUAUUCUCUCCAAAGCCCUAAUCCCUGUACCCUGGAUGUGGAGAUUGGACUUGUUGCGGGAGCUAGCGCGAGAACUGUAUAAUCUACACAAAGUAGACAUUAUACAUAAGGAUCUACACAGUGGUAAUGUUUUAGUAGACAUUAAAGGGGAUAUUGAGCAUUGGAAGGCCAAUCUUACUGAUUUUGGAUUAAGUGGUCCCGCUAAUCAAACUGAUGACGAAAGGCAAAGGAGGAAAUAUGGUGUGAUUGCAUAUACUGCACCUGAAAUUCUAGGAGGUGGAUCAGAGACAAAAGCUUCCGAUAUUUAUGCCUUUGGCAUGAUUAUGUGGGAGCUAUCUGCAGAUAGUACACCAUUUUCUGAGAGCGAUGAUGAUAGUAGAGAAAUAAUCGUCAAAAUUCUUGGCGGAGAACGACCGAAAAUAGUUCCAGGCACUCCUAAAUGCUAUGAAGAAUUGAUGAAGAGAUGUUGGGAUGCGGAUCCAUCAAAAAGACCAGCUGCAAAUGAUGUGUUUGACGAAAUCUUGGGUUUCCUGGUGACUUAUAACAUGGGCAAAAAACAUAAUCGUUAUAGAGAUGAAACCUACAAAUCGUUUGAGCAAGGCGAAGAAAUGUUAACGAGCAGAUCUCUAGACAAGUCAAAGACACGACUGCGAUUAGUCAGUAAAAGUUUUGAACCGGCUACUCCUGCUGAAUUGCGUGCAGCAAGGCAGUAUAGUGAAAGGUUGAAUUCAGCCGCUCAGUAA